AUGGCCCCCGACCCCAGGUACCCCGAUGCGAGCGCGGCGGCGAACGCCGGUGGUGCACAAGCGCCCGGAGUCGGGUUUGAUGGCGUGCAGCAGCCCCAGUUCGCGCCUCCCGCCGGGUACGGUGGCGUGCAGCAGCCCCAGCUUGGGUCCUACCCGCCAGCCGAUGGCAAGGUCGUCUCGCCUUCCGGGUACCCCAGCGUGGCGCCAGUGGGUCAGCAGCUGCCCCACGGCUACCCAGGAGCGCCGCCGCCAGGCCCCGGCACUUACCUGCCGGCUGGCGCGCCGCCGCCGCCGGGCGGGCUGCCGCCCCACUCGACGGUCGGCCUGCCCAUGGGCGGGGUCCCGGCCGCUGGCGACAAGAUCGGUCCCCUGGGCAUCACCGCUUGGGUGCUGUUCGUGAUUGGCAUCAUCUUCCCCAUAUCCUGGGUGGUGGCCUGCUUCCUGCCGCUCUGCGCCAGGAGGGGCGCCAAGGGCCCCAAGGACGCGCUGGCCGUGAGGCGCGCCGCCAUCGCCAGCUCGGCCGCGCUCUGCGUGUACCUGGUGCUCAUGGUGGUGCUGGUGUCGAUGGGCUCCACCAAGUGGAAGCGCAACAUCUGCGUGGACAGGAACGGGAACCAGUUCUAUUGCUGA